UCCUGGCUGUAGACGCGCUGGGCGGGUAGGAACACUGGCGCUGCUAGGACGCCGCGGGGAUCCCGCCGGCGCUGUGCAAUCGGAGCAGAGGGUCUGCGCGCCUCACCUUGCCCUCCCGAUGUCCCCAUCCAGCUGCUGAUACCUGCAUCGGCGUGGGGCCGGGGAGAUCCCGGCAGAGGCAAAGCGCCUCUUUGGCAAAGCGGGAGUGAAUGGAGGUAAAUUGUUUAACACUAAAAGACCUGAUCAACCCCAAGCAGGCCAGACUAGAGUUGGCAAUUGAAGAUGGGGAAAAUGCACAAAAGGAAAAUAUAUUUGUUGAUCGAUCAAGGAUGGCCCCAAAGACGCCAAUAAAAAAUGAACCAAUGGAUUUAUCGAAGCAAAAAAUCUUCACUCCAGAAAGAAAUCCCAUUACUCCAGUUAAGCUUGUGGACAGACAGCAGGCAGAACCAUGGACACCCACAGCCAACCUGAAGAUGCUUAUUAGUGCUGCCAGCCCAGACAUAAGGGACCGGGAGAAGAAAAAGGGGCUGUUCAGACCCAUUGAAAACAAGGAUGACGCAUUUACAGACUCUUUGCAGCUUGAUGUUGUUGGGGACAGUGCUGUGGACGAAUUUGAAAAGCAAAGGCCAAGCAGAAAACAGAAAAGUUUAGGACUGCUCUGCCAGAAGUUUCUAGCUCGGUAUCCAAGUUAUCCCUUGUCAACUGAGAAAACUACCAUCUCCCUAGAUGAAGUUGCUGUCAGUCUUGGUGUGGAAAGGAGACGCAUCUAUGACAUUGUAAAUGUGCUAGAGUCCUUGCAUCUGGUUAGCCGAGUGGCCAAGAAUCAGUAUGGCUGGCAUGGACGACACAGCCUGCCAAAAACCCUAAGAACCCUCCAGAGACUAGGAGAAGAGCAAAAAUAUGAAGAACAAAUGGCCCACCUACAACAGAAGGAGCUAGACCUGAUGGAUUAUAAGUUUGGAGAGCGUAGAAAAAAUGGCUACCCAGAUUCCCAAGAUCAACAGUUACUGGAUUUCUCUGAACCUGACUAUUCCUCUUCAUCUGCAAACAGUAGAAAAGAUAAGUCUCUGAGAAUUAUGAGCCAGAAGUUUGUCAUGCUAUUCCUCGUCUCCAAAACCAAGAUUGUUACUCUGGAUGUGGCUGCUAAAAUAUUGAUAGAAGAAAGCCAAGAUACCCCAGACCAUAGUAAAUUUAAAACAAAGGUACGACGCCUCUAUGACAUAGCCAAUGUUCUGACCAGCUUGGCUUUGAUAAAGAAAGUCCAUGUAACAGAAGAGCGAGGCCGUAAACCAGCCUUCAAGUGGAUCGGGCCUGUGGACUUCAGCUCCAGUGAUGAUGAACUAGUGGAUGUUUCUGCAUCUGUCUUACCAGAAUUGAAAAGAGAAACAUAUGGCAAGAUUCAAGUCUGUGCAAGACAGAGGCUGGUUCGUUAUGGUUCCUUUAACACAGUUCAGACUUCUGAGAGGAUGGAGAGGAAAGUGAUCUCAGAACCCAGCAGCCCAUACAGAGAAGAACAAGGAUCAGGUGGUUAUUCCUUGGAAAUUGGAAGUCUAGCUGCUGUCUACAGGCAGAAAAUAGAAGACAAUUCACAGGAAAGCACCUCUAUCAGCAAGAGAGUGGUAUCUACAGCAGGCAGCUCAGACACCAGCCUCCCUGUUGACUCUGAAUACUGUGUUAAUCCAUUAGCCCACCAAGUAUUUUCUGUUGCUCAAGACUUGCCAGCACUUUCCAUGCAGAACAGUCUGAAUGGACAAGUAGGCAUCCCCCUUGCUCCUGUGUCCUCUAACGUGGAGAGCAUGAAGCCAGCUCUGCUUGCUGGCCAGCCCCUGGUGUAUGUGCCUUCCACCUCACUGUUCAUGUUGUGUGCAAGCCUGCGGGAGGAACCGUUCCCAGAGUCCUGUUCAGAGGGGGAUGGCAGAAGCUUGGAGGUCCCGCCCACGGUAGGGCUAUCCUUGGCACCCUCCAGUCAGAAGCGCCUCUGUGAGGACAGGAAGCCCUGGGAGGAGCACGAGCCUGCCACUAAAAGACAAAGUCAGGAACUUGAAGACAGCCCCUUAUCCCUGGUCAUGCCCAAGAAACCUUCAGAUUCCAUUGACCCUGCCUCUGGCAAGACUAUGGGCAACAGGGGCUCUGUGUUCCUAGAAGACACUCGUGUGAAUGGUCCACACCCUGCUGUGGAAGAGGUUUUAGGAAAUGCUACAGCAAACUGCUUUGUUUCUUCUGAGGGUGGAAAUCCUUCAAGAAACGCAGAUACUGAAAUGCCUUCAAAAGAAAAUGAAAGCACCAAAGAACCAUCUUUGCUGCACUAUCUUUAUGUGCAGUCUCCAGCCGGAUUAAAUGGCUUCAAUGUGCUCUUCUCUGGCAGUCAAACCCCCCACACUGUGGGACCAUCCUCAGGUCAGCUGCCGUCCUUCGGUGUUCCUUGCAUGGUCUUACCGUCUCCGACUGUGGGCCCUUUUCCUGUUGUCUAUUCUCCUGCAAUGCCUGUGCCGAUUUCUUCUGCUCCUGGCACUCUGCCAAACACAGGACCUGUGAAUUUCAGCUUGCCUGGCCUUGGAUCUGCAGCUCAUCUUCUCCUCAGCCCUGCAGCCAUGAUUAAUCCAAAGUCAUCCACGCUCACUUCUGCAGACCCUCAGCUUCAGGGUCAGCCCUCAUUGAACCUGAGUCCUGUGAUGGCAAGGUCACACAGUGUCAUCCAACCCGAGUCCCCUGUUUAUGUGGGACAUCCAGCCUCGGUCGUAAAAUUACAACAGUCACCUGUUCCAGUGACACCCAAAAGUAUGCAACGCACACACCGUGAGAUGUUUUUCAAGACACCUGGCAGCCUUGGAGACCCUGUCCUUAGGAGAAGAGAAAGGAAUCAGUCGCGAAAUAGCAGCUCAGCCCAGAGGAGACUAGAAAUCCCCAGCAGCGGGCCAGACUAAACUGGUGCUUUGGCAGAUGGGGUGGGAUCAGACCACCUGAAUUUCCCUGUGUCACAGGCUAUGUCCUAAGUGGAACAUAACCAUCAGUCCUCAGCUCGUGUCCUUGCUCUCUCUUUCAUUCACUGGUUCUGUUAUCUUCUCAACAUCAUGGAUCAUCUACGUUCCUGAAAGUAGUUAUUACUAAUUGUGCUUGUAAUGCCAGCCAGAGCUCAGACUCUGCAUGGUGUCACAGUGAAAGCACUGACUGACUAAUGUGGUUUUGAUUCAAGAAUCAUCUGAUUCCUGGACAUAGAUCUGAACAGGCUACUGGAGCCUUGUGGUUUUCCUGAAGGGGGGCUGUCUAGCACUUAACCAGGGUAAACUUGCCCUGAGUAAAUCUGUGGUGAGAGAACUUUCUUUCUGCAGUUUAAAAAAAGCUACUGCUUCUUUAGGCUUCAUCAGGAAGCUACCUUCAGUUAUGAAUCCUAUGGUAUUAUUUAUUUUGUUCCUAAAAUGGGAUUUAGUGCAAAGAGUUUACAACUACAGCCUGACACAUACUUUUCAGGGUAUGACGACUUGAAUGUUUGUACUUUUUCCUCUAAUUUGCCCUGCACUUAUUCUACAACCUAGUAAUGUGGAUAAAUGUAUAUACAUGACAAAUAUCAAGACCAAAAUAACUGAAUGACACUUGGCUAUAACUGAACUGUGCUAACCUGAUCCAGUCAUGAGAACUAAGGUGAAGUCUAGGCACCUAAUGGCUGCUUCUCAAGUAAUGUGAGAACAAUGAGGUUUUGCUAUUUGUAAAAAUUCUACCAUGCUCAGUUUCCUUCAUUACAUGCCCUAUGGUUUUUUAUUAUUAUUAUUAUUUAAAUGUUAAUUGUAGCGUACCAUGUAUGGAUGCCUUUUAACAAUUGUUUGUAAAAAUGAAUCGGGAUGGUAAAAAGUAAUUACUUGGAAAACCAGAGCCUAGAUGAGACUUUUUGAUUGAAAUACUGAAGAGUAAAUGGUAUAGAAACAGAUGUAGGUCAGUAAGUGACUCUUCUGGGUUUCUUUUUUAAACUUCUUCUCUUCUUCUUUCUACCCUUUGGAAGGGUAAAAGGAAAAAUGGCCACAUUAUGUUUCAUUGCCAAGAAAAUGCAAACCACAGUUAAAUGGUAUUCCCCCACAAUAACGGUGAGUGCAGAGAUUCAUUGUUCUAGCACAAAUACAAUUCUGGAAACUGUUAUGCAAUAUCCCUUUAUAAACCAGAUUACUUUAGGGGUUCAUUAAGGAACCAAACUACUUCAUUGUAUUCUAGAUUUAUUGAUAUUUACUUCACUCUAUUUUCUUCAGAUGGUAUCCUUUCUUCCUUCUCUACUUCCUUUUCUUCCCUUUUCUUUCAUUGCUCUCUUCUCUUUGUUAAACUUCUUGUAUUAAACUUUUAUCUUAGAUUUAGAAUCUUAGUAUAGAGCUAUUUUUUGGGGGGGCCCAACAAAAUGUUAUAUGAAAGAAUAAAAAUAUUAAUUUAAGAGACUCUGGGAGUCUGAGUAAAGUAGCUUUAUAUUAACUACAGAAUACUAUUAGCCUUAUUACCCCCACAAGAUUUUUGAAAACUUGAGGUAGGUAGCCAGAUUAAAUAAAUUUGCUACUUAUGUCAAAUUUUUAUCAACACUAAACUUUUAAAGUUUACAAGAUGGUAUUUUUUCCCUUUUUUCACAGUCUUCUCUGAAGUUAGCUUAAGAAUGUGGUUCUAACCAUCAACAAUUGCAUAGUAAUGAUUACUCUGAACUAAUACUGAGGGUUCCUUAUCAAAACAAAUGAAAAUAACCUUUUUUGGGUAGAUUACAGGAUAUGCAGCAUAUAAAUCUGGGCAGGGUACGUACAUUUUAAUUCUAUCAUGCUUAAGAACAUCCACAAAAUAUCUUCACUGAAAGGGCUGUGUUUAGAUGGAAACAAAUUGGUUUUUUCCUCCCUCACUGUUUCUGGAUGCUCUCUCCAUACUUGUUUGCUGUCUUUUUCUUUAACUCUCUAAUAUGACCAUAUUAAGCUCAGAGAAUUCAUGGUUCUUGAGAGGUAUUAAGAAACAGUCCCACAAAUAAUAAUGUGACAACUUUGUGACCAUACUUAGCAAUAGAAAAAUGACUUGUAUUCAAUACCGAUUUCUUAAUGUGGCUUUCAGAUAUGUAAAAAUAAUCAGUGGUUGUUUCUGUCAGGAAAAUGAUUCUCUUGCAGAACAACUGAUGAUAGUGAAGCUGCUAAGCCAGAUUUGGAUAUUUGGGGUAGGGAAGAAGCAGUGGCAAUCUUGAGUCUAUCAUUGUAUAAUUUAGUAAAAAAAAACCGUAAUUGUUGGUGAUCCUGCUAAGGAAAUGGAGCUGAGUCAGCACUGAGGAUGUGUGUGCCCUCCACGGUCCAGGGUUUGUGAAACCCUUUCGUUCUGGUACAAGAGUUGGGGGUAUAACUUUUAUACUUGAAUCUACCUACCGAGUUUACAUUCUUCAAUUCCUUUUUGUAAGGUGCUAUUUCUGUAUUUAAAUAACUUUUUUAAUGUAAAGCUGCUUUCUGCUUAUCCUGUUGCACUGCUAGCUUUAUGUAGGAAUUAAUUUUAUUGCUGCUUACUGCUCUUGUUUUCAUAUUUAGCUCUACUCUUAUCUCUAAUAGCUAUACUGUUUUUAGCUAUCUACUUGUAACUUUGCUACUUUACAUGUAAACCAGCUUUUUUUCUUUUAGAAAAAUAUUAAGCUUUAUAAAAUAGCAAUAAAAAGUAACACAUUUAGUAAAAGAUGUUAGUCGUAUUUCUUGAUGGGCUUUACAUACCAUCUUCAGUAAAAUCAUUGACAGUUGCAACAUGGCCAACCUGACCCUCAAAAAGCCAAGUUGCAUCUUUGCUGAGACCUUCCAGUGGCUUCCAAAUGCCAAAAAUUACUGCAUCACAGUUACACAAGAGCGUGGGAAGAUUGAAGGACUAUGCUCCUUGGCUUCUGUUUUCUAGUGAGUUCACAUUGCUGUCAGUUUGGAGCUUCCAGGUGAUUCUGAGGAAUAUACAGGAAUCAAGGAACCAUGCAGAACACCUCCAACCUCUUGUAGUGGUCCAUGUUAGGUGCUUCUCCAUUUAGCAAAUGCUUACCUUAAUGUCAAAUUUUAUUAAUUAGAUUUAAUAUGAUUUCCCCGGGCUUGUUAUACAUCCAGAGUCAUCCAUGUUGCACUGUUGUCAGCUCCCCCUGCCGAAUUGUGAGGUGAGACUGCCAGAUGUCAGAGCUGCUUCACAUGGACAGCUCCUCAAAGGACUCAUCUUGGGGUGGAACCUGAACAUCCUGUGAUACAGGCAAUUCAUUUUCCUCCAGCUACCAUCUUCCCAUAGCCUCUUUGACUUUUCUGAAGUGCACACCUCACAUACUCAGGCAGGAUUUGAAAAAGUUACAGACUUUCCAUUACCCUAGUCAGUGCCCUUUUCCCUAAUUCUAAGAAAGCCCAACCAAACUUACAACAACUUCUUCACUUCCAAAGCUGGUGGCUCACCUGUCUUUCCCCCAUGCAAGUCAGAUACCAAGAACCCAGUCCCUGUUGCAGGAAGCACAGGCGUUAGAGCUAAGGACACCCAAACAGCGCCCCUCUGUGGCUUUUAAGUGCAGAGGUGAGCAAUCAUCAUUUUCCAAAGAAAAACUUCCCUAAAUCCAUUUCUAUUUCUAUUCCCUCAACCAUUUUCAUGCCCUUGUGAGAGAGAGGAUUUAGUAGUUGUAUAACUGGUUUUGCAAAACCUCCUUUACCAAUUCUACGGAGUCCAACAACUUUAGAAUACAGCAUUUACAAGCUUGCCCGUUUGUUAUCCUGUUAACAAUAGUUAAAAGCUUCCAUUGUCCAGGAUUUGCAUGUUCCUGGGUGAUUGUUGUAGCACUUAUUGUUUCAUAUUUGUCAAAGUAAUAUUUAUCAAAGUAGUGUUUGAGAGCUAUUGUUUUUAGUGUUAAAAUUUAUGUCCUUUCUAUUUGAAAAUGCUUCCAAAUAUAAGACAUUAUGACAUGGUUUUGUUGUUG